GUGGGGGAGGGGGGGGAGGGAGAGAGGGAAAGGGAGGGAGGGAGGAAGGAACAGAAAGUUUAUGUACAUAAACCUUUUUUAAAAAAAGUAUUGUUGCACCUGGUAGCUAGCUUUACUGACACAGAAAUGAGAGGUCUCUUCAGCGCUUAAAUAGCUGAGAAACAAUGGGAUAGUGCAGGAAAGUUAACAAUUAACAGUCUCAGCUUAAAUUUUGUAACUGCAGGGAACUGGAAGCACAGCUGCCUCUCUCUUCAACAAAAUCAGGUCUCCUGGUUAAGGGAGAAAUUUUUGUUAAAAUCUUAGUUUCUGAAAAAUAAGCAGCUCCGAGUUGAAUGAGUAUCAUGCAGUUAUGGUUUUAACCAGCCUGUUCAUAUUUAACUGUCUCUGCUCCUUUUAACGAGAGUGGCUGACAGAGGGAUAACGAGGCUUUCGAAAUGCUUUUUACUUUACUUUUUUAAAUGAGGGUACAGAGCAGAAAAGGGAGCUGAAGGUAUCCGGCUGAAGAGAAGCAGCAAGGAAGAUGGGUCUGCUAAGUGUGGAUUUGCUGAUCACGCUUCAGAUCUUGCCGGUCUUUUUCUCCAAUUGCCUCUUCCUUGCGCUGUAUGACUCUGUGAUCCUCCUGAAGCACAUGGUGCUAUUUCUGAGCCGGUCUAAGUCUGGGCGCGGUGAGUGGCGGAGGAUGCUGACCUCGGAGGGGCUGCGCUGCGUCUGGAACAGCUUCCUCCUGGACGCCUACAAGCAGGUCAAACUGGGAGGAGAAGCCCCAAACUCCAGUGUAAUCCACAUAGCCAAGGGCAGUGAUGGCAGCAGUAGCAGCUGGCAGAGUGUCGGUGGCAAGUGUGGAACCAAAUGCCACCUUCUGGAUUUUGCCAACUCCGAGCGGCCACUGGUGGUCAACUUUGGUUCAGCUACCUGACCACCAUUCACAAGCCAGCUGUCGGCCUUCAGCAAGCUGGUGGAGGAGUUCUCUGGUGUGGCUGACUUUCUGUUAGUCUAUAUCGAUGAGGCUCACCCGUCGGAUGGCUGGGCUGCCCCUGGAAUCUCUCCCUCUUCAUUUGAAGUUAAGAAACACAGGAACCAGGAAGACCGAUGUGCAGCUGCUCACCAGCUCCUAGAGCGCUUUUCCUUGCCACCUCAGUGCCAAGUGGUGGCUGACUGCAUGGACAACAAUGCCAAUGUGGCCUACGGGGUUUCAUUUGAGCGAGUAUGCAUUGUGCAGAGACAAAAAAUCGCCUACCUGGGAGGCAAAGGCCCCUUUUUCUACAAUCUGCAGGAGGUUCGGCUUUGGCUGGAACAAAACUUCAGCAAAAGAUGAAAACCAUUCUCUGCCGAAGCUAUGUCAACAGAAGUGUCCCUUUAAGGUGAUGUAAAAGGGAAAAAAAGAAAACAUAUGCUGGUUUGCAUAAGGCCUUUCAGAUGAUUGCAGGAGAACACAUUUGAUAACAAGGUCAAAUGAACAUUAAGAAAACAAAACAAAAAACUAACUCCACAGAAACAUUACUGUAUGAAAAAAAUCCCACUCCUGUGCUUGCUACGGGACAGAAGAGGUGAAUGCUUCUGUGAAAAGGUGCUGCUGGUGAGCAGGAAGAGUGGUAAGAUAAGACCUGUCUCCCAGGAACCCGACUCAUGAAGUGUCGGCCCUGGGCUGAGCCAAUCCGUGGAAGGGCAACGCUGUGCAUUUCAUCAGAAAACCUUCUUUACCCUGCUGUAGCCAAUGCAAGCAACCUGGGAGGAGCCGGGGUCUUGCAAUUACUUUGCAUAGAAAUGCAGCAGAGUGUGGCAAUUGUCCUCUCUCCUAGAGAUUUUAUUGUUCAGAGACUACAAGAACCACCAUGCAAUGCAUCCUGCAUGCAGGCUGGCUGCUCAGAUCAAGGUGAAACAUUGUAUGCUGGUAUUUGUACUCUUUAUGGAUGCCUCUGGAGAGCAUAUUAACUAAGUCAUUCUAUCUAUAUGUUUGUAUUCAGUAUGCAGGCCUGUGCCUGCUGAGAAAGAUGUUAAAAUCUAUGGAGUUGGACCAAAAAAGCAAAGGUGAUCAAAUAAGCCCAUUACAAUUUGAAAACUAAAACACCUGGACUAUUUGUAACAAAACAGGGAGAACCACCUAGAGCAUGCAUCAUGAGACAAAAAGCUGAUGCCAACCAACCUUCAAUUCUCAGAGCUGACAACACGUAUUUAUCAAUAUUCUCUGGUUCUCUUCUCUGUUUCUUUACCUGCCUCAAUCUCUUUCUGUCUAGCAAUAGGCUUAAAGGUAAUUUCAUUUUUAGCUUUUUUAAAAAAUAACUUAUUUCUCUCUUUUAUUUUUAUUUGAGAUAAUGACCUUACAGAUAUAUUUGGGGUAUGGGGGAACUUAUACACAACUUUACCUCAUUGAAAUGGAAACCUAUCCUGUCAUUUACCCUGUUAAAUGUAGUCAUGCUGAUUUUUGCGAUCUUAGAUACCUGCAACUAGUUUAUAGCUAUGUUAGUUUGCCUGGAAGUUAAGUUGUUUGCAGCUUCAGAAUUGAUUAACUGUGGUUCUGCUAUCAGAUGAGGUGAUAGUUUGUUUCACUUCUGUUCUCAAAAGCCUUCCCAGAGAAACAGGGAGGACAAAUAGUGUGAAUUAAUAUGAAUAAGUGUAAAAGAUGGCAGAAUUUUCCUAUGAAUGGGUCUGAAUUAUUAAUUAUGUUUAAAGAGAUACUGUCAACUUAGAGUAUACAUUAAGUUUAGGUAUUUCUAAAACUAAAAUGAUUUAGUUGAGCCUGAUGAAAAGGCAAGUUUACAAUAAGCUAACCCAUUAGAGCUGAUAAAUGAAAACCCAUAAGGAGAUGGACUAUCUAAGUUUUCUCUCAACUUUGGCAGAAAAAUGAAACAGAUAAACAAGGUAAAUGGCAAAAAUCAAAUUAGUUCUUUUAAUUUCUCCUCCUGCCAGUUGUCAGGAAUAUGAUGUAUUAAUACUAACACAGGAAAGAACAGAAAAUACAUACAUAAAUAUUUUCAUUUUCACAAUGUCCCUUUAAUAUUGUGUAUUUCUUCUUGCUUGGCUGUUGGUCAACUUAGCCAAUGUACAAGGCAUUUGAAAAUGUGUUUUCAAGCACAGAUCUGAAAUAAUGACAGUAACAUGAGUGAUUUCUCCCAUAUUCAGGUUCAUGCUUCCCUUCCUUCUCACAUUUCCCUCCACACAGUUAAACAUAUACACACACACACACAGUUUGGUAGUGUGUAUCAGAGAAGGGUGUAAAGAAUGGUCUUCAGACCUUCUGGUGAGCCCCACUUCUCAGAAGGCAUAUGUCUGUGUGUGUGUGUGUGUAUAUAUAUGUAUGUAUGCAUUUACAUAUGCAUAUAUAUGUAUACCAUAUAUUUUUAUGUAUGUAUAUACAUAUGCAUGCACAUAUAAGUGGUGUCUAAGACCAAUAAUAAUAAUAAUUCUGUCCUCUCAUUCAUUAAUGUUACUGUAACUCAUUGGUCAGUGUGAAAGAUUGUUAUACAUUUUUGUGACUAACUGGGAUAUAUAACUGAAAUUUCUAAACCUAAUAUUACAGAAACAGUAACAUAGCCAAACUAUGUGGUUUGUUUAAUCCAGUGUCCUACCUCUGACUGUAUCAGAUGCUUCAGGGGAAGGUGCAAUAAUUUCUUCUGGAAUUUUCAUUAGCUUCAGCCCUUAUUAUUUUUGUCUUGUGUAAUGCGAUUGUUGAUGUCUCAUAAUCCCUAUGAGAGGCUGAUCCUGAGUUUUGAGAUCUAAAUAUUUCUUGAGGUGGGGAAUACUAAAAUCAAAAUACAUCAUGUUUAAGAACAAAGAAAAACAAAUAAAACCAGAUUUUUUUUUUUCAGAUGUGAAAUGGCUGCUUUUCAAUGUCAUUCUCAUCUCUUGCUCUUGUACGCUAAAAGAGUAUAAACAGAAGUGAUCCUAAUUUUUCUUCUGUAUGUCAGUGAUUAUAUACUCUAUAUAGAAAUUUACAUACCUUUUGUUUCUUUCUUAAGCCAAACAGUAAUUCACAUUCUUAUACAGGUCCAUAUUCUUUGCCUGUCUCUGUAUCUCUUCUGUUUUUACAACACUGUCCUUUUACUCAGGUGAGUAAAGCUGUAGAUGUUACUCCAAGUGAAAAUAUAUAUUGAUAUACCCAGCACAACAUCUUUUCCUUAUUAUAUCCUAUUCUUCAGUCACCUGAAACUUUAUUAAUCCAUAGCAACUCCAUAGCCUUUGUAAAACUUAAACUAUUAAGUCUUUUCUUUCUCUCUUCUUCAAG